UAGUGUCCCCUUUUCUCCAAAUUAGAAUGGCGGCGUCGGUGAGCGUGGAGCCCGCGGGCCCCAGCUGCUGGGACGAGCCGCUGCGCAUCGCCGUGCGCGGCCUGGCCCCCGAGCAGCCCGUCACGCUGCGCGCGUCCCUGCGCGACGAGAAGGGCGCGCUCUUCCGGGCCCACGCGCGCUACUGCGCCGACGCCGGCGGCGAGCUGGACCUGGCGCGCGCGCCCGCGCUGGGCGGCAGCUUCGCGGGGCUCGAGCCCAUGGGGCUCCUCUGGGCCCUGCAGCCCGACAGGCCCUUCUGGCGUCUGACGAAGCGGGACGUGCGGACGCCGCUGGCCGUGGAGCUGGAGGUGCUGGACGGCCACGGCCCGGAGCCCGGGCAGCUCCUGGCCCGCGCGCUGCUGGAGCGCCGCUUCCUGCCGCCGGGGGUGCGGCGCCAGCCGGUGCGCGCGGGCCGGGUGCGCGCCUCGCUCUUCCUGCCGCCAGGCCCCGGGCCCUUUCCUGGCAUUGUGGACAUGUUCGGAACUGGAGGUGGCCUCCUGGAGUAUCGAGCCAGCCUGCUGGCUGGCAAGGGCUUUGCUGUCAUGGCUCUGGCUUAUUACAACUAUGACGACCUCCCCAAGAGCAUGGACACCCUCCACCUGGAGUACUUUGAAGAGGCCGUGAACUACCUGCUCAAUCACCCUCAGGUGAAAGGCCCAGGGAUUGGGCUGCUUGGACAUUCCAAAGGGGGUGAACUCGCUCUUGCCAUGGCCUCUUUCCUGAAGGGCAUCACAGCUGCUGUCAUAAUCAACGGUUCCAUAGCUAAUGCUGGGGGGACCUUACACUACAAGGACGUGACCCUGCCCCCUACAGGGACCAACAGACGUCGAAUCAAGAUGACCAAAGAAGGCUUUGCAGAUGUUGUGGAUGUCCUGAACAGCCCUUUGGAAGGGCCUGACCAGAAGAGCCUAAUUCCUGUGGAGAGGUCUGAGUGCACCUUCCUGUUCCUUGUAGGUCAGGAUGACCACAACUGGAAGAGUGAGUUCUACGCCAAUGAGGCCUCUAAACGCCUCCAGGCCCAGGGGAAGGCAAAGCCCCAGAUCAUCUGUUACCCAGAGACAGGGCACUACAUCGAGCCCCCGUACUUCCCCCUGUGCCGGGCUUCCCUGCACGCCUUGGUGGGCGGUCCUGUGUUCUGGGGAGGGGAGCCCAGGGCUCAUGCUGUGGCCCAGGUAGAUGCUUGGAAGCAACUCCAGACUUUCUUCCACAAGCACUUGGGUGGCAAAGAGAGGAAAGUCCCCGCAAAACUAUAAUUUUUAUUUGAUUGUGUAGCAUCUCCUGGGACUAGCCGCCAGAAUUAGUAUAUAUUCUUUUUCUUGUGAAUAACUACUUAGACUCCCCCAUCCUACUGUUAAAUUGAACUUGCCAAUAAGAAUGAGCUUUUAAAUGUUUUAUAAAUUGCACGUCUCAUCAGUGUGGGAGGGAGUGAUUGUGCAGAAAACAUGAGAGGUGAUAAAAGCAUACCUCUUACUAUUGCACACAUGCCACCAACAAGGCUUCACUCAGAAAGGAAGGGGAGCGCUGAUUAUCAGUGCCUGCUCCACAACUGGAGUUCAAUAAUUAUUUGCUGGGGGGCCAGCAUUGUGGUAUAGCAGGUAAAUAUGUCACCUGCAGUGCCAGCGUCCCUUAUGGGCACCAGUUUGUGUCCCAGCCAUUCCACUUCUGAUCCAGCUCCCUGCUAAUGGCCUGGAAAGGCAGUGGAAAUUGGCCCAAAUGCUUGGGGACCCUGUACCCACAUGGGAAACCUGGUUGAAGCUCUUGGCUUUGGUGGGCCACCCCUGGCCAUUGUGGCCAUUCGGGGAGUGAACCAGCAAAUGGAAGAUUUUUUCUCUCUCUCUCCCACUGUCACUGUCACUGUCACUCUCGCUCACUCUCUAACUCUUUCAAACAAAAUAAAUAAAUGAUUUUUUAAAAAAAGUAUUAUUUGCUAAAUGACUGAAUAAUAGAGAAGUAAUUGCCUACUGUAAAAGAAAGGCAUCACAGUUACCCCUUCUUAUCUGUGGAUUCCAAAUCUGUGGCUUAAACCAACCACAGAUGGAAAAUUUUCAAAAAACCACAUGAAAUAUUGUUCUUAGUAUACAAGCACAGACUUUUUUCUUGUUAUUGAUCCCCCAAAUAAUGUAGUAAAACACUAUUUCCAUAGCAUUUUCAUUGUUUGAGUUGUCCUUUGUAAUCUAGAGCUUUUAAAAUACCCAGAAAUGACUGCAAAUAUUGAAGCUGUUUUAAUAUCAGAUUUGAGUUUCUACUUUAUAAAUAGAAGUAACAUCUUAGCUAUAAAGCAAUUACUAGUUAUAUAUGAACUACUAAACAUUUUCAAAGUUUCAGUCCUUUGACAACUUCUCUUUGGAUAAAGAUUCUCCUAGCAAACAAAUUUUGCUGUUUUCUUUAUACACAUGGACCUUAUGAUCUAGUUUUUAUAAAAACUCAAGAAAUUAUUUAGGUGAAAUAUGUAAGUGAUUUUAACAAUGAUAAACAUGAUUGGGCCAGCGCCGUGGCUCACUUGGUUAAUCCUCUACUUUGUGGCGCCGGAACCCCAUAUGGGUGCCGGGUUCAAGUUCCGGUUGCUCCUCUUCCAGUCCAGCUCUCUGCUGUGGCCCGGGAGGGCAGUGGAGGAUGGCCCAAGUGCUUGGGCCCCUGCGCCCACAUGGGAGACCAGGAAGAAGCACUUAGCUUCGGAUCGUUGCAGCGCCGGCCGUGGCGGCCAUUUGGAGAGUAAACCAAUGGAAGGAAGACCUUUCUCGUGGUCUCUCUCUCUGUCUAUAACUCUACCUGUUAAAUAAAUUUUUAAAAAUGAUAAGCAUGAAAAUAAUUUAAUAUUCGUGUUAUAAAUGUCCACAAUAAAAUUUGUGUUGUUACACCUGCAUCCCAAAUUGGAAUGCUUGGCUUGGGUCCCUGCUCCUCCACCUACAGUCCUGCUGUUGCACACCCUGGGAGGUAGCAGAUGAUGGCUUGAGUGAUGGGGUCCCUACCACAAAUGUGGGACAUCAGGAAUGAUUUCCUGGCUCCUGACUUCAGCCUAGCCCAGCCCUAGCUGUUACAGGAAUUUGAAGAGUGACAAGGAAGUGGAAGAUAUGUCUCGUUCUUUGCAUUUUAAAUAAAGAAAAACUUAACAUGAUUAUUGUGUUUUGUUUCCUUGUUGACUUUCUUUAGCGAGUAGGUGUUUGGCAUCCUACACAGAGAGGGAUGGCCUGCCUCUUCUCUCUUAGUGUAACUCUGACUUUCAGAUAAAUAAAUCAAUCUUGAAAAAAAAAAGAAGAAGAAGAAGAAGAAGAAAGAAAGGCAGAAGCAGAGAGAGAGAGAGAGAGAGAGAGAGAGAGAGAGAGAGAGAGAGAGGUCUUCCAUCUGCUGGUUCCUCCCCAGAUGGCCACUAUGGCUGGAGCUACGCCAAUCUGAAGCCAGGAGCCAGGAGAGUCUUCCAGGUCUGCCAUGUGCGUGCAGGGUCCCAAGAACUUGGGACAUCUUCCACUGCUUUCCCAGGUCAUAGCAGAGAGCUGGAUUGGAAAUGGAGUGGCCGGAUCUCAAACCAGCGCCCACAUGGAAUGCCAGCACUGCAGGCAGCGGCAUUAUCUGGUACACUACAGCGCAGGCCCUGUGAUUAAUUUUUAAUUAAAAAAAAAUUGCUAUGGCAGGUGUUUAGCCUAUUUGUUGGAAUCCCCCAAAUUCCAUAUUCGAGUACCUGGGUUCAAAUCCUGUCUCUGGCCCCUGACUCCAGAUUUCUGCUAAUGCAGAAGCUGGGAAGCAGGAGUGAUGACUCAAGUGACUGGGUUCCUGACCCUAUGUGGGAGAUCUGGAUUAAGUCCCCAGUCCUGACUUUGGCCUAGCCCAGCAUUUGGGCAGUGAACCAGUGGACAGCAGCUGUCCCUGUGUAUGUGUGUGUCUAUCUCUGUUUCU